GUAAUCUCUGGGGAUACUUCAAUGGCGUCACUCGGACCCUCGUGUCGCAACAGGAGGGCGCGGGACGCCUUAACGCGCGCACCUGCUCGUGCGUCUUUAACUCGGAGACCAUAUGAGGCGGCGCGCGCGUGGCUCGCCGUCCGUCUGUCUGUCCUCUUGGCCGGAGACAUGAAGGCGGCCGCGGGGCCGGUGCCACCCCGGUGGGAGGAGAGGACGCGGCGUAGGGCAGGUCCGGCAGGGCGCGGUCUUCUUCUUCUGCCGCGGCACCUCAUCUGUUCUGUCGUAGGAUCUCUUCCAUUUCUGCCACAGGGACGCAUUGAGAAACAAGCCCAGAGGGAGACAAACCGCUGCGGGGACACCCUUUGACCGCCGCGCCCGACAGACUGCGCGCCGCGCGCCUCCGCGUCUCUCUGCAGCGCUUUUCUCACAGCUCCGACGCAGAGACGCAGCUUUGAACCUGCCUGCCAAGACAAACUCACCGCCGCUAUUUAUGCCCCUACCUCCGCGGGCACUCGGGGCAGCGGAGAGCCAGCCGCCCAGGGGACAGCUUAAGGUCUCUCCGGGUCCUCUCCAGCGGCGCACGGGCCACCUUUACGCGCCGGGAAUGGACACUUUUGGGGACCCGGGAACGAGUCCUGCUCCGUUAGAAUCAUAAAGGCGACUCAGGGCUCACCGAGGGAAGCACAGCCACCAGCUGGGGAGGGGGCACACACCGGCCCCGGGGCGGAAUGCUGCUCCCGACGCUGGUGACGUGCCUCGCCGGGUGCGCCUUUCUCCUGUCGCCGGUCAGCGAGGGUUGCGGGCCGGGCAGAGGCUACGGCAAGAGGCGGUCACCGCGGAAACUGGCGCCGCUUGCCUACAAGCAGUUCAGCCCCAACGUGGCCGAGAAGACUUUAGGGGCCAGCGGGAGGUACGAAGGGAAAAUAAGCCGGAGCUCUGAGCGCUUCAAGGAGCUCACCCCGAACUACAACCCCGACAUCAUCUUCAAGGAUGAGGAGAACACAGGUGCAGACCGCAUGAUGACACAGCGCUGCAAAGACAAGCUGAACUCUCUGGCCAUCUCGGUGAUGAACCUGUGGCCCGGGGUCCGCCUGCGGGUCACCGAGGGCUGGGACGAGGACGGCCACCACUCGGAGGAGUCGCUGCACUACGAGGGCCGGGCCGUGGACAUCACCACCUCGGACCGGGACCGCAACAAGUACGCCAUGCUGGCGCGGCUGGCGGUGGAGGCGGGCUUCGACUGGGUCUAUUACGAGUCCAAGGCCCACAUCCACUGCAGCGUCAAGUCAGAUCACUCCAUGGCGGCUAAAUCCGGAGGCUGCUUCCCCGCCGAGGCCUCGGUGACGUUGGCGAGCGGCGCUCAGAAGUCCAUCGGCGACCUGCGACCAGGCGAGCGGGUCCUGGCGGCGGCGGGCGGCGAGCUGGUCUACAGCGAGGUGCUGGUCUUCCUGGACCGGGACCCGGUCACCUGGAAGCUCUUCUACACGCUGCACACGGAGGCCGGAGCACGCCUCUCGCUCACCGCCGCCCACCUCGUGUUCGUGUCCGGGGGGAACUGCUCAGAGGGCGGCGCCCUCGGCGCCGUGUACGCCAGCGACGCCCAGCCGGGGCAGUGCGUGCUGGUGUCGCGGGGGGAGGUGGGCCGGGGGCGUCUGUCCCGGAUCACGCGGGUCAGCAUGAGGGAGAGCAGGGGGGCCUUCGCGCCGCUCACGCAGCAGGGCACGCUGGUGGUGGACGGAGUGGUGACGUCCUGCUACGCGGUGGUGGACCAGCACUCCCUGGCCCACUGGGCCUUCUCGCCGCUUCGGCUGCUCCACAGCUGGACUGGUUCCACUGGCAGCCCCCGGGACGGGGUCCACUGGUACUCCCGGCUUUUACACUGGCUGGGCAGGAUGCUGCUGGACUCGGGGCGCCUCCACCCGCUGGGCGCGGCGGCCCAGGGAGACCGGUGAGGUCAGCCAAAGGACGCAAGGGUGGAGACUUCUGACUGGACAGGACCACGAUGGACCGCCUGACGUCUGGGUUUCUCCUGAGGCAUCAUGGGAGUUUUAUAAGGAGGGAGGAAGGAGCCGCGAGCGGACAAAGGUGAACCAAAAGAAACACUCCGAGUCAAAAGACUCUAAGAAAAAGACCAAGUGACUCUGGGGAACCAUAAUCCCUUAAUAAUCCCUUAAUAAUCCCUUAAUCUACACUUUACACUUGGGUUAUCAUCUUAAGGGCUCAUUGAGGUCGGAUACAUUUGCAGGUACAAAAUACUGAGCUUUUAAGGGAUUUUCUUCUUCAUCUUCACCCUCUUAUUGGGGGUCGGAUCGCAGGGGCCAGCAGGGGCCCCCAAACACCCCCUUCCCUCCUCCACAUGGACCAGCUGAGACUGGGGGGGGUCCAGUGUGGAGCUCUAAUCUCUCUAGUCCUCCCCAAGGCCUCGUCCCGGUAUUCAGGUAUCUUUUGCCACUUCAGCAAUGUUCCAAAUAAAUAUCGUAUCACGUGGAUUUAACGCCAUUAUGUUUAAAUAACUUCAGCUUCACUGUUACUGGUUAAACAUGAAUCUUCAUCGGAAAUCACUUUAAUUUGUGCAAAAAAAACAUGAAAAAUCCUAAUAUGUUACAGUUGUAAAAUAAUAAUGAGUAACAUGAACUAAAGUAAACGUCAUCUUAAACUGUAACUUGAUUAGUCAGAUAUGUCAAACGGAAUGUGUCAAUAAAGGGAAAGUAUGAAGUAAUGAAUCCCAUUAAGCUCUGAAUACUGAUGUGUGUUAUAUUCUAUUUAAUAAUACUGCUUUAAUCAAUAAAUUAUAGAGUGUAUUUAAGUAUCAUUUGUUUACACAAAUCCAAUAUUGUUUCUGAAGUUAUUUUUUAAAUUAAAUGAUAUGUAAAUGA